AGCGGGUUACUACACUGACAGGUUCUGGCAGUCAAGAGAAGGCGUGAGGACAGUGCUGGCUUAGCAGUCGAACAGCUAGGUCAUGUCUGUAAAAAUGGAGAUGGAUGUUAGUGGUGUGUCCAGGACACCCAUAUCUGUUUUACCUGCUGCUGAAGUCAAAGCCACACUGAAGCCUGAGGAGGAAAAACCACGCUGUUCCAGCACCCCAUGCUCCCCAAUCAAAAGUACUGUCUCAGGAUACCAGAUUCUCCACAUGAACUCCAACUACUUGGUGGGCUUUACCACUGGUGAGGAGCUUCUCAAACUGGCUCACAAGUGGUCGAGCCCAGAGAAGCCCACCACCACAGAGGCCUUGCCCAACCCUGUCAGAAAGCCUGUGGAUUUGGGCUUGCACAGAGCCUCCCGGAUCUACAAAGCCAAGAGCCGCUACUACCAGCCCUAUGACAUCCCUGCUGUCAACGGGCGCCGUCGGAGGCGCAUGCCCAGUUCAGGUGACAGCUGCUUCAAAUCAGUGACGGCGGCAGGAGAACCCAGUAGGGUCUUGCAUGGGCCCCUGCCUCUUUGCCUUCUCAAAGGCAAACGGGCGCACUCGAAAUCUCUGGACUACCUCAACCUAGACAAGAUGAGCCUCAAAGAACCAGUAGACACGGAGGUGUUACAGUAUCAGCUCCAGCACCUGACCCUGCGAGGAGAGCGUAUGUUCACCCGAAAUAAGACAUGA